GUGUCAAACUUGUUCGCCACCCCUGUUUUUAAUGUGUGAACUAAGGACAACGUGCUUUUAUGUUGAAACUCAUUUGACCAGCUUCCUGUCUUACCUGCGCAGACUCGUUACGGUCAAAGGGCAGCCAAACACAAAUCAGAUCAUGUUCCCCGUUGACCUGCCGGCUCUCCAGGAGUCGGAGCUGCUUUCCAGUGCUGAAAUAUACCUCUCCUCUAUGGAUGGUAGACCUCACCAUGAGUGCUUUCAGUCCUCAAAGUCAUCUAAGGUGCCAAUAAGAGCUGAGAAUGUCCGGCAGCUGCAGCUGUUUGAAGACGACCAGCCCCCCUGUGUCGUUCUGGCUCUUCACCCUCCAGAAGACCAAACACAAGUGGUGGCUUUGUAUGUGCAGGACAGGUGGUGGCCUCUGGAUGAGGUGCUGCGGACGUCCAGCCAAUCCAGAAGCGGCUUAGUGCAGGUGCGCUCCCUCAUGGAGAGGGUGGUGGUGUUCCUGCUCAGUCAGGUGGUGGAGCGGCCUUUGCUGGGGGAGAUCUCAUUCGCCCUGCACCCCCGCACAGAGAGCUGCAAGGUGCUGUGGCGGGACAACCAGGCUGUGGGCUUUUACUCCAUCAAACCUAAAGGCAGCCUGUGCGAUGGCUGGAGUGGCUCCUGCUACCUGCUGCCCGUCCUGGACACGCUCCUGGUGAGGAGGAGCUGCAGGAGGAGGGGCUUCGGCCUUCAGAUCCUUCAGGAUUUCUGUGCCUCCUUCUCCUCAGAAGAGUUCCUGGGAGUCACUGCUCCAUUAUCAGCUAGCAUGGCUGCAGUGUGCAGGAGGUUCCUGCAGCAGCAGCUGGAGCUCCGGGGGCGGCUGUACGAGGUGGAGGCCCCGGGGGACUGGACCCAACGACGAAACAUCUGGCUCAACAUCCAGCUGGGCCGCUACUCGCUGCACAACAGGGACGAGGAGGAGACGGUCCCAGCAUCCACACAAACACUGACUGAAGGCAGCAGCCUUCCUCCACAGGUGGUUCUUUCUUCUGCCGUUGGUCCUUGUCUACAUUUAUUUACAGAUGGGAACAUCUUGGUGGAGGUUUCAGACUGAAAGCCAUGGAGCCAUGCUGACUGCAACAUGAAGACCCCCUCCCCACUACGAGCUCCUGCUGAUGUCCCCCCCUCUUAGGAAGCAGACAGUCUGGACUCCAUGUUCUUCACCAGGUUCCAGACCUCAGACGUGAACCCGAAAUCCUGUUUCCCCCAUCAGCACAAGCGAUGCGAGUUAACCCAUCCACUAGUACAAUAUGGAAAACUGUUUGUUUUUUAAGUGUCAAUAAAUAAAUGAGAAGUUUGCGGU